CGAACGUACUAACCACGCAGCAAAAAUGGUUAAGUUCCUCAAGGUCGGCCGAGUGGCCAUCAUCUCUCGCGGUCGUUACGCCGGAAAGAAGGUCGUCAUCAUCCAGCCACAGGACAACGGCAGCAAGGCGCACCCAUUCCCACACGCACUCGUCGCCGGUAUCGAGCGCUACCCACAGCAAAUCACCCGCCGCAUGUCCAAGACGCGCCAGAACAAGCGCAGCAAGGUCAAGCCAUUCAUCAAGGUCAUCAACUACAACCACUUGAUGCCAACACGAUACACUCUCGAGCUCGAGGGUCUCAAGGGCGUUGUCACCAACGAGACCUUCACUGAGGUCAGCCAGCGUGAGGAGGCCAAGAAGACGGUCAAGAAGGCUCUUGAGGAGCGCUACUCGAGCGGAAAGAACAGAUGGUUCUUCACCCCUCUGCGCUUCUAAACGCAUCGCAUGGCGUUGGGGAAGAACAGGAUGUGCAUUGAGCUCGCACUCUUUUCAGAGUAGCAUUCGGCGUUUACGUGACUGUCAAUCGCAGUCUACGGAGCACUGCAAAUCACUAUCAAUUUGAUAGCUGCAAAAGCUUUUCGCCUUCCAGUCUUCGUGACUGUUUCUAUCUGCACAUUCCUCGAUUCUUUUCGAUUCGCCAACUCCGCGUCCAAACCCGCCCUUCAUACUGGCACCCAAGCCACGCCGACAUUGGUGCCACUGCGUCGUAAGCUGCAGCCGACGGCGUCGCAUCCCCACUUGUUCCAUCCGUCCUUGGCAACUGCGUAGGAGAAGAGGUGAGUCUGUCGCCAGCACAUGGUGAUCGCUUGACAGCAGAACAACCACGCGGUGAUGGUAAAACAAGCUGGAGUACGUGAAUUCUACCUGUAUGCUAUUGGCGCAUUGUGCGACUCCGCCGUGAAAAGUCUGCCAAG